AUGAAUGAUACUCAAGAAGAUCCAGCGGGUGUUGGCGACUCUGCGGAGCACUCAACCGCGCAGUCGUCAGGUCCCCGCAGACCACCAAAGAAACGAACCAAAACCGGUUGCUUGACAUGUCGCAAGCGCCGCAUCAAGUGCGGUGAGGAGAAGCCAAUAUGCACCAACUGUGUCAAAUCCAAACGCAUCUGCGAGGGCUAUGCCCAGCGAGUCGUGUUCAAGAACCCCAUAGGUAUCUUCGGGUCUUUCAGUGCAGGCCACGGCCAUGAUACGCACAUGCAACACCAUAUGAGGAUGCCAAUGUACAAUGACUAUGGCUCUCAACUUCCUCCCCAGCAAGCGGCCGCUGCAGCUCAGCAUCCAAUGCUUGCCCCGAGACCUGUUGACCCAACCACAAUGGGAGAAUAUCACUCUUUUCCGCCCCAAAUGCCUCCACCGAUUCAGAGUCAGACUCAACAGAUCAAUGCACCCCAAUCUUAUUAUCCAGCUGCUCCUAUCCAUCCGCCGACUGAGAUGUGGCACUUCCAGUCCAUGGUUGCACCUGAUAACGGGCCAACUCAGCCGACGAUCAAUGACUACCCGCAAGUACAGCAGCCGGUGUAUUCGUCUGAACCAAACGCCUCUCAGAGACCACAGCCAACAAUGCAAAACGUGCCGCAGAUCAGCAGUCCGAUCGGCCAAACCGCCGAAGAAUAUGCCUCCAAUCUGUCUCCAGUGCCGGCUCUAAGCGCAGCAUUUGGAAACAGAGAUGGCGAGACUGGCCAAUUCCCCCAGAUGGCCCAGCCUCUGCCGACCAUAUACCAUUACCAACCCCCGCCUGGGCAAUCACUACAACAAUCACAAUCUCAUGAACAGUUUAGGCCCCACCAAUCACAACCGCAGGUGAUUUAUAUGGAGGAUGAAAGUGAAGACUACUACGACGUCGACUCGGAUGACGAGAUGGGCGAUCAAUCGCAGGCCGAGGGCUUCAACCAGCUGAGUCUCAUCAUGGCUUCUGCAAAUCGCGAUGAGCGACAACUUCGCUCCUUUACAACUUAUUUGAACGAGCCAAAUGUUCUUGCAUCUUACCGUCCUACGCUGGGCUCUUCGCCUUUGAACAACCCUAAAACUGCUCGCAUAUUCGCCCACUUUAUUCACUCCACCGGCCCAUCUUUGUCUAUCUUCGAACGGCAUCCUACCGACUCCUCAAUUGUUCUGGGCGCGGCAGUCCCAUCCGCUCAACAGGGGUUGUGGACAUAUACACUUGCCCUCAAAGCUUUGGAGCAUCCUGCUCUCCUUCAGGCAAUACUUGCAGUCAGCAGUCUACAUAUCGCAUAUCUGCAACAAGUUCCCACAACAGUGUCACUCAAACACUAUCACUACGCAUUGAAACGAGUCGGUUCUGCGGUCGGUCUUCCACUUCGACGCAAACAGGUCGGCACGUUGGCUGCCACACUUCUACUGGCAUACUACGAGGUUAUAUCUGCCGAUCACUCUAAAUGGAAUAAUCACGUGGCUGGAUCUGCCCACCUGAUUCGAGAGAUCGAUUUUGCUCGAACGACGAGAGAUCUCCGAGCUCAUCGGAGAAGAGUUGGUGAGCGACGACGGUCUGACUGGUCAAAAUCGUGGUGGGGUAUGCCCGGGGAUGUCUCUGAGGAUGAUCCGUUUUCUGAGAAAGAGGGAAAUCUGGAUGAGGAUCUCAUCGGCUCCCUCCUGGGUCGUGCAGUCAAUUACGACUACUGUGGGGGUGUCGAAGAGGCAGGUACGCUGCCUCCUAAAAGGCAUUUCACUCGGAAGGACAUCGAGGUCUUCCGAAUUCAAUGCGAUUUAUACUGGUGGUACUCAAAGCAAGAUGCCUUCCAGAGUCUUAUUGGCGGCGACAAGUUACUGAUGCCCUACUCUAAAUGGGGCCAGUGCCCACCCCGAGCGGGUAUCGGUCGACUAGAUGCCAUCUAUGGCUCUGCGGAUCAUUUGUGGCUGUUGCUCGCUCGGGUCACAGAUUUCGGCUUCCGUGACCGGAAGCGAAAGCUGAGAGCCUCAAAAGCAGGUGGAAAGGACUGGAGACCAGGCCCUGAAAUGUUCAAAUUCAUGGGUCGGUUCGCUAGAGGUCCCGCCGGUCAAAGGCCAGGGCCACCUGAUGGCAUGAGUACUGGUGGACCGCCAGGGGGACCCCCUGGCGGCAAUGCAUCUGGUCCACCUAAAUUGCCACCAGGAGGAGCUCCUGGAGGCCAGUCUAUGGGUGGGUCAGGCGGGGGCUCGCCAACCUCCGACUCUGGGCCCUCGUCAGCCGACAGCCCCCCGAUGUACGGGAUGGUGCCCCCGCAACCUCCGCCGCGCCUUCCCAACGGGUUUCAAAAUAGACCACGGGGGUCAUCACCAGAUGAGGAUGAAAAAGUCCAGGAUACGAGCUACCAAGAAGCAGAGCAAGAAUGGGAAGAGAUACUGGUGGCCAUGGACACCUUUGCACUUGCACUUGGCCGUGAUUUUCAGCCUUUGCCAGUGGAUGUAGCGCCACAGAUUGCAACACCGUUUGGUCCCGCCCUUCAAUAUCGUACUCACACUAUUGCUGUGAUCUGGGGAUUCUUUUAUGCCACGCGACUUCUACUCAACCGAAUCCACCCCUCUAUGCCAGCGGCCAUCAUGAUUGCAGCUGGUGUGGCCGCUCCAACGACGGCUGAAUUUGCACAAAUAAUUGGUAAAAUUAUAGCAGGCAUCUACUACCCACAGAGCUAUAAUCUCGAGGCUGGGAGCCUGAGCCCGAACUUGGGUUCUUCACUCACCGAAAUGACAGUGCCGAUUUUCUUUGCGGCCGUACAGUAUAUUGAUUCUGUACAGCGAAAGUGGACCAUAUCGAAACUUCGCGAUAUCUCUCGUCUGACGGGUUGGAAGAGCGCGGAAGCUAUUGCAGGUGGCUGUGAGAAAGCAUGGAUCGUUGCUGCAAAACAAGGUCGGGGACCACCCUACCAACGGUCGUUUGAAACUGAGCGGGAACGAGAAUGGGUACGAGAUUACCAGUCUGAGGCUGUGCAGGAACAGGUUGACGAUCGCCGAUUUGUGACGGUUAAACCCGAUCGGGCGCAUUGGGCUAUGGGGAUUUUGGAGGAGGACAUUGCGAAUUUGGAGGUUUAG